AUGCAGGUUCCAGAGCUAGCAGAACGGCCUGGACCAAAGGGGUUUCAGCAGGGCCAGCAUGAGCUCGCCGAGGAACGAGGAAAGAGCAACGAUUUGGCUGCGGAAAAUGCUCGUCUUACGUUCCAACUGCAAGUCAUGAAGAAAGCGUACGAGGCCGAGAAAAUGCAGCUAUGCCAGCAGGCUGCGGCAGACAAGAUGGCGCGGGAGCGUCUCGAGCAGGACAUCCUCCGUCUAACAAACAAGCUUUUGGUCGCUGAGAAGCAGGUCAGGGCCUUCACUACAGCGAAUACGACCAGCGCUCAGCCAAAAACCGGCCCACAAAAAUCAUCUGAAGCACUGGCUUCAAGAAAUUGCCACCCGUUCCAUGCUGAAGCUUGCAAGGAGAAACCGGGAGAUAGUGUCCACGUAGCCGAGCCGAUUGAGUGUCCGAUGGCGCCGAACCCGAACUCGCCAUCUGUCGAAGCCAAGAAAUACAGGCGGCGUGUGAAGCAGCUGGAGGGCCAGCUGAAGCUCUACAGGCUACUUGUGGAGGGUGGAAGUGUGCUUCGCUCUACAGCAGCAAUUGAGGACAAGCUAAUGGAUGCUGGCUUGCACAAAAAGGCACCUCUCAGAAGCUACGUCUCCUCAGACUAUUAUAACUAUGUGCAAGGUCGUACCGCUUAUGCAGCAACGGGUGUCUCCGUGAUCAAAUUGUCGACGAUGGCUGGUACCGCACUUAGUCAACCUAUAGUCGAUCCGGAGGGGAUCAUCUGGGAAGAAAUCGCAUGGUGAGACGCAUGUGAUGAACGUAGCUGACCUUAGGACCACGUCGAUUUGCAUAUGACAAUUGCAAUUUUACAUUGCCGGACCGCCCUCAGUAAGAG